CUUCAUCUUACCGACGAUCAUAGCAGAGAUAUUGCGCCGGGAUGGAAGCCACUGGGACUUCGAGAAAGAUUCGGAAAGGGACGAAGAGUUGCAUUGAAUGCAGAAGACGUAAGACGAAAUGUACAUCCAGAGGUAGCCUUACCAAAAAGUGCGACGAAUGCUAUGCUCGGGGUUUGGUUUGCAGAAGCCAAGGACGGGAUGGUUCCACUGGCACUGAUGACGAGUCCACCGCCGGACAGGCGUAUAGCCUGCGCCAAAGAGUAUCUUUUCUUGAAGACAUGGUAAAGGAUCUUGCCAGAAACGCCCAGAAAGCGCCUUUCAAUACAUCGCUCUCCUCGGCAAGUGGUCCUUCCGUCGAAGAGAUGAACCUCCAAGCGACAGCUGGUACAUCUAGUUCAUCAUUGAGCCUAGACGCUGCAGCUCUACCCAGGCAGGGGCCGAUUCUCAGUCUCUUCCAUAACGAUGUGAUUACGGAAACAUCCAUAGGGGUCGACAUGCCUGAAAAGAUGUCAAAAGCCGAGGAGACCAGUUGUUCCCUCAGAGACCUCCUUCCCACUCGAGAAGAAGUCGAUGCUAUUCUUAUUGCAGGCACUGACCUCUGGUCCACUUGGUCUUCAUAUUUCCCUGAGAUAUGGAAUGAACACCAGAGGAGCGAUUACAAGCAGCACUUCUGGAACCGAGUGUCGUCUAAUCAACCAGUGGAGGUGGCCAAAAUGCUGAUAUUCUUACUCAUUACCAUCGACAAUAUUCCAGCAAUCCAGGCCUCCCUAAAGAUCAAAUACCAAAGGAGUGUCGUGCUUGACCACAUUGAACGUCUCGUCCUACAUGAUGUGGAAUUUGCACGGACAAUACCAGGUACCGAAUGUAUGGCAUUGUUCGCCAAAUACCUUUUGAAGAUUGGACAUUUACUGAGCUCGUGGCAUCUCUUUCGCCGCUCGACGGACUAUGCCAUUGUAUUUGGCUUUCACAAAGGUGUAGCACGAGAAGAUGCUUUGUGGAAUGUCUUAUGGACUACUUUGUGCCAUUACGACGCUUACUUGAGUCUCAUUCUCGGGUUUCCGUACUGUGUGCCGGAUCUUCAGAUUUUGAAGCAGACCAGGAUGCUGCUCGACACCGAGAUGCCCUACGAGAAGUCGUACUUCCUCAGACUUACGACGAUCAUGCGGCAGAUUAUUGAUCGGAAUCAAACCAACCCAAACGAUCUGCCAGAGACCUUGAAGAUCGACGAAAACCUAGAAAGGCUUGCUGUGCAAGGUCCUGAUGGAUGGUGGCGGCUGGAAUUUGAUCCGACUCAUUCCAACAAGAUGAACACUGACCGAUUCAUGAUUCAAUUGGCGCACCACUUUGUGAGAGCAUUGCUUUUCCUGCCUUUUGUGCUGCAACAACCACUGGCUCCAAGAUAUCAGCUUUGCUAUGAUACGGCCCUCACUUCUGCCAGAUCGGUGGUGGCUUCUUACAAGGUUCUUCGUGAAAGCAUCGGUUUGACUCCGUAUCUUGGUAUCAUUGCAGACUUCCACGCAUUCACGAUGGCAACUCUGCUUGUUGUCCAUGUGGUUCGGCAAGACCACGUCAGCCGACAGAGGUCUAGUGAUUGGGAUCUCAUCACCACGGUCUCGGAUAUCUUUCGUUCUGUGGCUUCUACAUCUACUGAGAGUGUCGCUUCACAGGGGUUGAGGAUUCUCGAGGUUCUCCUCGGUGCUCAAAAUGAAACAAACUCGCAGGCGGGCCAGGGAAUGGCCUGUAAGAUUACAGUACCUUGCUUCGGAGCGAUCACCAUAAAGCCUCGCAAUUUAUGUGCCGCACGCGCAAGUUGGGGAGAUUUCACAGACGCAGGUGCCGUAGUACCUAGCCAGCCAACCGUGGAGAUGAGUCAGUACAAUGUUAAGGAACAACCCCAGAGGCUGCCUGUCGAGUUCGAGAACAUGGUCGCGCUUCCCGAUGCGGAUUUUAGCUGGAGUAGAGGAGCGCUCACAAGUGCUUUCGAGUACGAUCUAAGUUGUGACCUUGACCAUGGGUGGGAGCUAAGCUUCCUAGAUUGA